AUGCUGGAGCCCGCUUCUGCCGAUGGACCCUCUUCUUCAGGACCUCCAGCUUUUUUCAGCUCUGCGUCGGACAAGCGUCGGACAGUUGCAUUUUGCAUUCCCUGCGGGACACACGGAAGCCUCAAGGGCGAGAGCUACAAGUUCAAAGAGCCGCAGACCAAGGUAACGGAUGGACAUCGUUUUUGGCACAUGCGUUGGUUUGUGGACUUCCUCGGAGGACACGAGUCUCGAAAUUUCCUCGCAGGCAGUGUGUCGACGUUCAGGAACAAGCUCUUCACGAUUGCAUGGCCCUGCUGGACAGACACGGAGGACGCUCUGAAAAAAGAGAUCGAGUCGCACUUUCUCCAGAGUUCGUUCUCCCUCCUCAAGCAGCAGGAGCACGCUGCAAACGCCGAGAAGAAGGGCACCAAACGAAAGGCAUCCUCGCAGCAGAUGCAGGACGACAUGGAGGACGACAACGAGCAAGCGGACAAUGAGGAGCACACGGGUGACCAGAUGGAAGAGGUAGCAGCUGGACGAAGCACACGUUGUACAGAGUUUGCCACGUCGAGCUUUGCAACGAUUGUUCUUUUGCAUCAAUGGCACCAGGGUAUGCGCAAAGAUGCCAAAUGGAAGAAGCCGGCAGAGGAGGUAUCCAAGCUGGCCGGGGAGUUGCUUCAAGGCCUCGCUUCCUUGUUCCUGCAGACCCCGCAGGACUUCUCAUUCACGUGGGACGGAAACACUCUGGUGCUGCCGUUCAAAGGAGGUUCGCUGGACGUGGACGAGGUUGUACUGCAAAACAGUUUACUUGCUAAAGUACUACACCGCGAUCGUUCCCGAUUCAUGGACGUGCUGCAGGAUGUGAAUGUGGACUGCACCCGUCGGACAAUUGGAGACACUCGCAAGUCAUCUAGUUUGAGGACGAAGUACUACUUGUUGGCGGCUUUGGCACGUGCCAUGGAUUCGUCGGACGACACGCAUUCCUGCUGGACAUCUUUGAAUGUGAAGCAAGUGAUGAGCACCUCCGGAUAUCGUCGGUCGUCCACGAGUUUUCGACAAGAGGACAGCAGCGAACAGCAGGACGAACAAAAGAUCAAGAAGCACGCUUCUAUGGACGCACACAGGCUAGCACGCAUGGAGCGAUACGCCUAUGUCACGCAGGGCAAGUCAGAUUUCCUCUCGACGGACAUUUUGUGCGUGGUGGCAGAUGCAGUGCACGUGGGAAGUGACGAUUGGCUGAACAUCAUGGUGUACAACCACACGACGGACAAAGUUUGGGUCUGCCCGCCGCAGGUCCAGAAAUCGUCCGUCUUGUCGGCUGAGCAGUGGAAAGCUAUGUGGAACAAGGCUUCCAAGAAGUUCCUCGGGAUCGAGAAACCCGUUGGACCUGGUCAUGCGGAGGACCGGCUGGCCACACUGUCUUGGAUGCAGGACAUAAACCACGGCUUGCGACCCAUUGGCUGGACUUUUGGCUGCUGCCAGAGCACGCCGGCCGGCCCCGCGGAGGACGACACGAAGGCUAAACGUGCACCGAUCAUGAUUUUGUGCACCGACCAAGAAGCAACACAGCUGGCGGCUGUCUCCUUCUUGAGGAACAAAAAGAGCCUCUGGAUCGAACACGUCUCGGACCCCGCCCACAGGUCGCACAACGACGUGGCUUUGGCCUUGUCGGCCGCUGGACUCCUGAAGUUCUGCACAUGGUGCAUCUCGCUGUACAACAUCAGGUAUGGACCCUGGCAGAAGGGCUCGUGGGCGUUGAAGAUCCAGCAAGCCGCAAAUCGCAUGAAGGACAACAUGGACCCCUCGGACCCGAUAUUGCUCCUUUUCUUCCCGGACAUUCUGCUGGACGCCGGCCUCUCCCCCCUGGACGACAACACGGAGGAGAAACGCAGGUCGUUUUUGCAGACAUUACCCGACAUGGACUGCAUCCGCAUCAAGGGCACGAAGGCCAGCAAGAGUCGGUUCAAUUCCCUGACGACGGCCCACAGCGCGCUGGACAAAGAGUGGUCGGUCUUGGCUUUAGUUCUCACGGUGGUCUGCUUGGAGCACAACUGGGCAGUUUCCACUAAGGACCUCUUCUCGCAGGACAGCAACCAGGCCCGUGCCUCGGUUCCAUAUGGUGGAAGCAAGUCUUCUGCCAUACAGGAGGCCAAGCAAGGCAUGGACCAGGAGCGGAAGGGCAGCGCGAACAGUCUACACUUAAUGACGAAGUUCGUGAUCUCGCAGGACAACAAGACGACAGCCAGGAUGAUGUUCCAGGUCUUGCAACCCGAAGAGCUUCGUUGUUCGCUCAUGCUCAAGCAGCUGCGUUCCAAAGGCAUGACGAAGGACUACUACUCUGGCUGGGCACACUGGUCUUGGAUGAGCACUGCAAAGGACCACGUCAGGACUUUGUCGAAUUUGGAAGGUUUAUCUCGUGUCGGCCUCGACCUGACACUGGCACGCGCACAACCCCCGGAGGAGACAGAGCUUGUCUGGCAGGACUCGCUCGCAGGCCAAAUGACGCAGUUGACACUACAGAUCCUGCGGCUGCGGGCCGGGGGGCACAGCUGUACCAUACUGGAGGUUUCGGUGCGACCAGGCAGGACUAGUCCAUGCUGA